UUCCUUUUCUUUACGUACGCGCGUUACGUACACACACAUUACACACACACACAGACAUCAUGGCGGACGUGUUGGAUCUUCAUGAAGCGGGAGGAGAGGACUUUCCUAUGGAUGAGGAUGGUGAUGAGAGCAUCCACAAGUUAAAGGAGAAGGCCAAGAAAAGGAAAGGACGAGGCUUUGGCUCAGAGGAAGGAGCCAGGUCCAGAAUCAAAGAGGACUAUGAUACUGUGGAGCAGGAUGGGGAUGAGCCAGGCCCUCAAAGAUCUGUGGAAGGCUGGAUCCUGUUUGUGACGGGUGUACAUGAAGAGGCCACUGAGGAAGACAUCCAUGACAAGUUUUCAGAGUUUGGAGAAAUCAAGAACCUGCAUCUCAACCUUGACCGCAGAACAGGCUACCUCAAGGGAUAUGCACUGGUGGAGUAUGAGACAUACAAAGAGGCCCAGGCAGCCAUGGAAGGGCUCAACGCUCAGGACAUGAUGGGCCAGCCUAUCAGUGUUGACUGGGGAUUUGUCAGAGGGCCCCCCAAGAACAAGAGGAGGACCGGUGGACGGAGACGCAGCAGAAGUCCGGACAGGAGGCGUCGUUGACGUUGUCCGUCAGUUUAUAAUCCUCAUCUUCUCAUAAAAAACUUAAUUUGUACAAUAUUUUUUAGUAACAGUUGUAUGGCAUCUAGUUUCAAAUUUUGGUUUAUCGAAUUUCUCUUCAGGGAUUAAUAACAAACUGAUAAAUUAACUGAUAAACGGCAGCAUUUUCACAUUUUUGUAAAUUGCUUAUGCUGCUUUACAAUACAACAGAAGGUGAAACUAUGUUUUUACUUUUAACAACUUGUUUGUAGUGCAUGUUUAUGGUCCCCUCAAAAGGUUGUUUCAGUUUUUUCCAUGUUCCGUACAUUUUGAUUUGUUUUAUAUUACUUGGGAAAAAUUAAACUUUUUAAAAGGUA